AUGACCCAAAGCCCCACCCUCGCCGAAAAUGUCGGCCCCGCCAAUGUGCAACCCGUCUACCACUCCGAGGAGAUGAACUCACCGCCCCCACAACUCGCGGUGCAGGACAUACCCUUACCCGACGGCCCAUCACCACAACGGAACUACCCCGACGUCAACAUGGAACCCGAAGCUAACCCGGACCCCGAAGAAAUCGACGAAGAAGAAAGGGAACGCCGACGAGCCGAAUGCAUAUCGGAUCUCGAGGACGACCCAAUGGACACCGAGUCGGAACCGGAAGCAGGAGAUCAAGAAGACGAACUGGAAUAUGAAUCGGACGAUCUCCAAGAAGUGAUCGAGCUCGAGCAACCCAGCCAACCGCACAUAUUGAGCCAUGCCCAGGCAAACUACUUAGCCGCAGCAGCACGAGCCGUGGAAGGAGGACCUGAAGAAGCACUUGCCGACGACGGAAGCAGACCCAAUUCCCCCUUUUCCGACAGAGAUUCGACCGGUGGAGAUCUAUACCAACCAAUCAGACACCCAAGACCUGCCCUCGUACGACCUGUCGGUGACUGGGUAGAACAUCCCCUGGCCCGAAUGACCGAGCCGCAGCAGCCCUGGACCAGAGAAGAAUACGCCCGAUACGAGAUCGACCACGACUUCUCCAAGUUGGUCCAGCUGACCAUCACCGACUACAGAACCGUCGAAAACUGCAAACAACUCCAUUGCUUCCAUGCCCACGAAUUGCAGCGUAAGUGGCCGGACUACCAAUUCCCCAUCACGGCCGUGGCAAGAAUGCACGACAUCGCCGCCUUCAGGCAACACGCAAGAGACGUCUGCAGCGAGUAUCUACAAGAUCCCACAGCCCCAAUGCCGGUACGAGAGGGUGAGCUGGUUCGAGAUAGCAACGUCACAAUCCUCAAACCACCAUUUUCCGAGCCACUGCCAAUGCUUUUCCGCGUAAUUGAAAUACGAGCCGGAAGAACGCUACUAAUCGAAUCCAUGAGUUUCGAUGUGUUCUACAAGCAGGAGGAACUACGUUACAUAACCCUCGAUAACGGCUCCUGGAACAGAACCGGAGGCAAACGUGGAGUCAUCCCAAGUGAAGUAAGUCUUGGAGACUUCGUCUGGAUCCACAGCCUCACCAUCACAAAGAGCGCUCGCCAACGUCGGAACCUCCAACUGGAUAUCGAAACCGCGCGUCUAACCGGGAUCCGAACCGAAGACAUCCGGCCCGUAUUCAACGCGCUCGAUUUUGAUUUAGUCACACCUUCAACAAGACCCCCAGCAUUGGCCUACUGUCUCCAUACACCACCUAGGGAGACGGCUAUACAUAAAAAGGACAAUUAUUUGGCGAUCAGCUCGGAACAUCGUCCGUGUCGCGUAUCACGGCUGCAAAAUUACAACCACGGGCCAUAUACGAUCGACACAAUCCUAAUGUGCACGCCAAGGACGAAUACACCAUCAUCGUUCUACCUGACCAGCAUCCCAAGCAGCCGCGAAGACGACGCGCUCUUGCGGUCACUCGUCGUAAAGGUAGAACCAACCCCACCUUCAGACGAAGCACCCACUCCAACACGAAUCGAACCCGUCGAAAAUCAGCUGCUCGAGCAAAUAAGGGACAGACUGCACAGAUUCGAGCUGUUCAAGAGCAACCCGGAAAACGGCCUGGAACUCCUGCAGGACAGCCUGCUACUCGGAGCAACGACACACAUGGUCUUGGAAUCACGACAGGAAGACCGCCGCCGCCAUCCGACCGUAUUCGUUGUCGAACGCAGCCCAAACAACCGAGCCGUAAAACUGCACUUCAGGAUCGACAACAAAUCCUCCGAAGGCGGUUGGCGCCCAGGCACACGCAUCGUCUGCAGCUUCGCCCACAGAGGAAUCUUCGUUAUUUCCACCAUUACGCAAACAAAAAUCGAAGGAACCGGGCCAAUCGACUCCAUCUUCGUUGCGAUCCCGCUAGGAUCAGAACUGAACCAACUGGCAGCGUUCACCGAUCGACAACAGGUUCUCGGGACCGUGUACCGAGUACCAGUCAGCAAAAAUGGCACAUGGCUAUUGAAUUCGUUGGCCCGAGACAACGCGCCUCUCGGCGCAACAACCAAGGCACGGACGGCGAUCAGGAACAUCUACUCAGCACAGCGAGGCCGCCACACCCUCGACCAGAUGCCGUCUACCCGAUUCCAAACACCAGCAACUCCCGCCCCGAGCUCAUACUCGCGGGCCAGCCAAAUUACUUUAACAACUGACGAACAGAAGUCCGCCAUACAGCUACUAGCCGGCGACUACGGAAGCGGUGCUCUCUUCUCGGCCUUCGGAGCAGGAAAGACCACAACGAUAGCCGUAGCCGCGCGACAUCGGGCGCUUAUGGGACGAGGCGUGACUCUGCUGGCCUCGAACACGAACAACGCAAUCGCGGAGUUGGCUGAAGCCGUCAUCGAGACUGAACUGACGGGCCCUCACACACACGUCCAUCGCUUCCUCGCAGACGGCGCCACCGAAACCAGGACUACGGCGGCAGAUAUCCCGACCCUCGCACAAGAGAUCAGCGAAGACCCGGCUACUGACCCAGCUGAAGCCAGAAAACAAGCAGACUUCACAAGACGCCGAGCACUGAUGAGGGACUACCUCCAAGGGAACCUGUCAGACCCCCAGGAAAUCGCGGAUGCGGAGUCCGUUGUGAUCGACUUGGAAAACCCCAGCGCUGAACUCCAGAGCAUCUACAAACUGAUCUGCGAGAACCGCCCCCCGUCUAUCCUUGGGGCAACCAUCGGCUCGCUCCCCCAGCUAAAAAACGGGCUUUUCAAGUGCUUCCACGCCAGCGUCUCUACCAUCAUGAUAGAUGAAGCAUCGAUCGUCAGCGAGGCCACGCUCUUCGCCCUCCACGUAACUUUCCCCCACGCCAAUCUCUAUUUAAUCGGCGAUAUCCGGCAAUCUCAACCCUACACACGGAUGGCAGAGGGAAACCGGGUGCGACACUGGGCUAUGAGACCAUCACUCGCAGUUACGCUGAAUUCGGACCUCGUUCCCCGAGUCGUUCUCACAUCAACAUGGCGAGCUCACCCUGAUAUGAUGAACCUCGCGAACACGGUGUUCUACGACUCCCGCCUCCGGACCAGAAUCCAACCACGGGAUCGCACACGGUUCGUAAAUCUAAACCGGUGGACCGCGACCCCAAGUCCAGUCUUGUUCGUUGUGCACAGCGGACGUCACGAACGUGCCGCCAACACGAGCAGCAGAAACCUCAUCGAGGCCGAACUAGCCGCCAAAAUUCUGCGCUACACACGUGCCCACUUCAGCCCGGAAGAAACGCUCGUCGUCACGUACUACAACGAGCAGAAAGCCCUCUUGCAACAGAUCCUCAAACGCGACCACACCGAGAACCAGGCGCCUCGCUGUACUUCUGUAGAGCGAGCACAAGGCAGCCAAGCAGAACUGGUCCUGGUCCUCACCACCCACUCGACCCAAGCCCACGAAGGACAUUUCUUUGCGGACCGACACCGCGCAUGUGUCGCGGUCACCAGAGCAAGGCAAGGAAUGAUCGUGCUGGGAUCCGAACAAGGCUUCCGAACCGCAUGCUGGAACCGACUCUUCCAAUAUGCCACGGAACACGGCUGGGUGAUCAACAGCCAGGAUUUCGCCUCCCGCCUC